GAAGUAAACUCGGAAGUGGAAGUGGCCACGUGACUCGUCUUUAACUGUCAAUGCGACCCAGGCGGACAGCUGAGAUCCUUACGCGAUGUGGAUAACGUUGAAAUCCAUAUACGCGUUGAGGAGGUGUUCAACGAGAGCGUACACCUGUUUUGGAGUACGCUCAAACUCGCUCGUUUGCGGCAAAACCCACCCUAAAUGGCACAGUGCGGUCUCUGCACCAGCUGGAUUUCAUAGCAACAGCGCACAGUGUGUGUCAAGGAAAUUGGUGCGAAAUGGAGAGGAGAGGCCUACAGUGAUUUGUAUCGAGGGUAACAUUGCCAGUGGAAAGACAACAUGCUUGGAAUACUUUAGCAAGACCAACAACAUCGAGGUGCUGACUGAACCAGUGGCUAAAUGGAGGAACGUUCGAGGACACAACCCUUUGGGCUUGAUGUAUCAGGACCCGACCAGAUGGGGCAUCACCUUGCAGACGUACGUGCAGCUCACCAUGCUGGAUAGGCAUCUGUCACAGAUAUGUGGUCCUGUGCGGAUGAUGGAGCGAUCCAUAUUCAGUGCCAAGUACAUCUUUGUGGAAAACCUCUACAAAAGUGGGAAGAUGCCAGAGGUGGAUUUUGCAGUCCUCAGUGAGUGGUUUGAGUGGAUCACACAGAACAUUGCGCUUCCUGUCGACUUAAUAGUGUACCUGCAGACCAAACCAGAGACGUGCUACGAGAGACUCCGGGAGAGGUGCAGAGAAGAGGAGAAGGUCAUUCCAAUGGAAUACCUGGAGUCCAUCCACCAGCUAUAUGAAGACUGGUUAAUCAAACAAACUUCAUUCAAAGUACCUGCUCCUGUUCUUGUCAUAUCAGCUGACGAUGACCUUGAGAAGAUGCUUCAUCAGUACGAGGAGAACAAAGAGAGGAUUUUAUCAGCGCAGAGGACAUGAGUCCAGAAGGAGAACCUCAAAGACGGAUCCGGUGCUCUUAAUGGGUUCUCCUAAAGCAGGUCGGGUCGGCUCUGUGCCUGAAGACGCACAGUUCUGCUGGUUCUGAUUCACUUUCUGUGCAGAUUGGUCUAAAUCAGAUGUGCGAUCCAAGGCCUGGCUUUAGAACUUACAAGAGCGUACAUCUCUAUAAUUCAUUCUCGGUUACACUGAUUCUAAAUCCAUUCCCCACAAAUGAUGGUUGUGUGUGUGUGUGUUCCCCUCACAGAGUUAAGCUCAGACGUGGCGUUCACGUUAUGAAUAAACUGAUCCCUGAUCAGUGCGGUUCUAGCUCUCCACUAACAGUGGUUCCUAACUUGCUGCGUACUCGGAUACAGUUUUAGCUUCAGUUCAUGUUCACUGCUUAGGAGACGCCGUUGCCCUCUCUCUUAGAAAGAUGGGGCGGGAACAGCAAGAGGAGCAUUCCUGAUUAUUGUGAAGUCCACAUAGUUUACUACUACGACAAAAAAAUGUAAUACCAGGAAAUGAGUGUGAGCCACAGUCUGUUACCGUCUCUAUUACAAGGAACGGUUACUGCAUUUGUUGUUAGUUGUUUUUUUUGUGUGUGCACUUGACAAAGGACCAACUGGGCACAUUUGAAAGUAAAAUCCAUCUCCUGUUGUUAUUUUAAGGAAAUAUUUAUUCUCAAUAAAAUUGAAGGUAAGGUUUUAA